AACGUAUCUCUCUCUCUGUUGCUUUUGCUUCUAUAUUCUUCUUACUCUACACUACAGUGUACUCAUUUCCUUUUGAAAGCUUUCCUAGGUUGUUUUUUUCUCAUCCUUCUCUUUCUAAAACUUGGUGACAAACAUGACAGAGGCAGAGGAACCCAAGAAGCAGGUACUAGAAUCCGAAAAACCCUCCGAUCUUCCUCCAGCUCCGGCCACUGCUGCAACAUCAUCAGAAGAGAAGCCGGCGGUUGUGGAAGCUCCGAAAGAGGAGUACAAAGAGAAAUCAGAAGAGAAGGCGCCAGAGCCUGAAGAUGAGUCGAAAGCUCUUGCUAUUGCUGAGAAGAGAGAGAAAGAACAAAGGAGAAAGAGAGCGAUGCCCGCCAUAGGAGUAUCUUCGACUCCAUUGACGUUUGUAAUGCACGCGCUCGGAGUCGCGGCUUUGGUCCUGGUUCUGGUUUGGUCCAUAUACUUCAGGGGCGGUUUCGCAUGGGAAGCCACCGACAAGAGCCUCAUCUUCAACCUCCAUCCUUUUCUCAUGGUAUUGGGCUUAGUUUUCCUUGGAGGAGAAGCCAUUAUCAGCUAUAGAUACCUUCCUUUGAGGAAAGAUGUGAAGAAAUUAGUGCACCUGGUUCUUCAUGCUAUCGCAUUAGCACUCGGUAUAAUCGGCAUUUAUACUGCAUUUAAGAACCACAAUGAGACUGGGGUUGCCAAUCUCUACAGUCUGCACUCCUGGAUUGGCAUUGGGGUUAUUUGCCUCUAUGGUAUUCAGUGGAUAUAUGGGUUCUUGGUAUUCUUCUACCCAAAAGGAAGUCCAGGGCUGAGAAGUGACUCCAUGGAACAUUUUGGGCUUUUCGUGUACAUUUUGGUCGUCGGGAAUGCUACCUUGGGGUUCUUGGAGAAGCUCACAUUCCUUGAGAGCUCAGGAGUCGAAAAGUUUGGAAGUGAGGCAUUUCUUGUCAACUUCACUGCUCUGGUUACACUCGUGUUUGGGGCCUUUGUGAUAUUAAUCUCGGUCAUUUCUCAGGGUCCUGUAGAAGAAGACCACAGCUACUCAGAUAUAUGAACUACGAUCCUAAAUGAUAGUUAUGUUGUUAUAUAGUGUUAAUUGCAUCACGUCGCCAUACUUAAUUAGCUUGAACCAAUAAACCAUGGAGAUCUGGCUAUCAUGAUCUGUAUGUGUAGCCCUAAUUCUAUACAUAAGAGUUGUCUCAAUUAUUAUACCACUCUAUCUAUUGUCCAUUAUGGAUAGGAACUAAAGACAUGACUAGUUGAUUACUAAAAAUAUAAGAAUUUGAUUUUGUGGUUA